CGAUCGACGCGAAGUACGACGGUCUCCGUGUGUUGCAUAGUUCGAGGGAAUUUUUCCAGUGAAGCAACAAUUUGCGGGUUCACAUGCCAAAGGAAGUUUCAUUUCUAUCACUUUAUAUUUAGCGACCGGCGAGACCGCACUGGUAAUUUACAGUAAGAAUCUUAAAGGACUUGGCAGUAAGGAAAAAUGGGUCGCCCAACGGUAUUCUUUGACAUGACAGUGGACGGACAGCCCGUGGGUCGCAUCGUGAUAGAAUUGCGAUCGGACGUAGUGCCGAAAACGGCGGAGAACUUCCGUAAACUUUGUACCGGAGAAGAAGGUUUCGGUUACAAGGGUAGUUCGUUUCAUCGUGUGAUUCCAAACUUCAUGUGCCAAGGUGGUGACUUUACCAACCACAAUGGCACCGGUGGCCGAUCGAUUUACGGCACCAAAUUCGAAGACGAAAACUUCACGUUGAAGCAUACCGGACCAGGAAUAAUGUCGAUGGCAAAUUCGGGUCCAAACUCAAACGGAUCCCAAUUCUUCAUCACGACCGUGAAGACUUCCUGGCUGGACAACAAGCACGUUGUUUUCGGAGCCGUCGUAGACGGCAUGGACGUCGUUAAGCAGCUCGAGAGCUACGGAACUCAGACCGGCAAGACCACCAAGAAAAUCGUCAUCGCCAACUGCGGUCAACUCUCAUAAGAACAAUAAUCUUCCAAAAGAACAAUAACAAAAAGUAAUAAGAAAACGUUGAACAUACAAGCACACACACAAAAUACAUUCAAAGUACUUCGGAGCUUCGCAUCAGCGAGCUCUCGCAAUUUCUCCAUUCCCUUUGAUCUUAAUUAAGUCGCUCUAGAGAGUACGAAACUAUUCCAAGAUUUUUCUUCGUCCAGAUAUGUAAAAAAUACUAUUAACAAACAAAACAUCAACUCUACUCCAAAUGAUUGUUAAUCCAACUUGUCAUUCCAAAGGAAUGUAUUAUAAACGGAACUGUGGAUUAAAAAGAAUAUAUAAUCCCUAA